AUGCACGAGCUGCCCAAGGACCUCAGCAAUUCUCUCCGUUCUUGGCGGGGCAGCAUGAGCGUCAGAAACAGACCGAGUGUGGGCGAGCUGGAGAAGGGCCCGGAAGACUAUGGCGAGGAGGGAGAGGAGCAGCUGAGCAGUUCGGACCAGCGCUCGUUGAUAUCGGUAUCCCAUAUCUCCCCUCCAUACCACACCAUUCCAAUGGCUGACCACUGCCCCAUCUAGCAUCCCUCAGCCUCAGCACGCAAUCUCCGGCACACACAACGAUACGGUCGUCCACCAGAAGAUGGGAAAGAGCAAGAUGGUGACCAUGAACAGCACAAUUCGUCCAACCAACGAGGUCCCAAAGUCAAAACCAACCCUCCAGCCGCAGCAGUAACGAAAAAGAAAACCGUCGAAACGACUCCCGCUUCAAACAUGCAGAGCAUCUUCUCGCACGCCCCUAAGAUCCGAGACCCCGACCCCGCCGCCGCCCGCCUCGACGAUAACAUGAAACCGCUGACCGAAGAACACUUCUACGAACUCAUCGGCAUGUACCCGCCCCGACCAGACGGGCAACGGCCGAAAGAGGUAGCCAGACCGCACGGCCUUUACGCUCAGAUCCGGAGUAAACACAGUUACAUUCAGACGAAAUACCGGGUCUUCGAUAUCUUCAACUACAUUUUCCUCGCCGUACAAUUGCUACUCAGUGCGGUUUUCAUCGUGCUGGGCGGUCUACGAGCGGACUACCAUAUCGCGGUGGCAAUCCUAGGAGCCGUAUCGGCUGUAAUAGCAGGAGCCCUCUCGUUGAUGAAAGGACAAGGACUCCCCAAUAGAUUGCGACAAGUCAGAGAUGACCUGCACAAUGUCCUGUUCGCCGCCGACGAACUGUACUGGGAUGCAGCGGCAGGCAAAAACAUCCUGUACAAGGAUAUUAAGAAAGUCAGGGAGGAUUAUCUGAGCGUGCUCGCGGAGGCGAGGAAGAAUCGUAAGUUGGAGCGGCGGAUUUCGUCUUCUUCUUCUUUUCGAAGCACCAAAUUCUUGAUUGAGCUGACAUGGUGGGUUUGGUACUGUAGAUCCGGAUUCCUGGACGAGUGCUGCGAAUACCAUUGCUCAUGGGACGAGGUCUCCAUCCAAAGUCAAGAUUCCGAAGAUGUAG